AUGAUAUUGGAAAAGAAGGAGCCAGCCAACAGUGAAACCACCUUUUUUCCCAUAAUACUAGACAAACUACUGGCUAUAAAUAGCUUCUUCCUUAUAUGGAUUAUAACAGCGUAUGUAAGAUGGAAGUUCUAUUUUUCAUUCUUAGAUGCUGUGUAG